AACGGAGCAUUCACAGCAUGUUUUUCCGACAGUUAACCAUUAAUCCUGAAGCCUCAUAAAAACAGCCAACAGGAUCAAGUCAAUUAGAAUAGUAGAGACAGCAUACAGAACCAGGAUGAUUUUCACAUUGUGCUUGUUAGUGUGCUUCUGUGGUUUAACUUUGGGCCAGGAAGAUUUACCUGAAACAGAAGUCACUUCUGAAACCGGGUCAUGCUUUCCUGAUAUGUGUAAGUUCCUCAAAGAGUUUGAAGCCAUGAAAGCUAAACUAGAAGCUGUGGAAACAAAUCUGAAAGAGACUGAGAGCCAGGUUCUGGUGCUUAAAUCGAAAGAAGCACUCAAGGUGGUUUUCAGUGCUGGAAUACUUGGGAAUUCAGCCAUUGGACCAUUCGACACACCCAAAACCUUAGUCUACACAAGAGUAAUAACAAAUUUGGGCAAUGCCUACAACCAGCACACAGGUAUCUUUGUUGCACCUGUUAGAGGCAUGUACUACUUCUCCUUCUUCUAUCAUGCUGGUGGAGAACAUGCAGCACAUCUGUUCCUCAUGAAGAACAAUGACCGUGUUCUGGAGAGCUAUGAUCAGAUGACACUGAAUGACGGGGCUGAUAAUGGAGGCAAUGCUGCCUUCAUGGAGCUGCAGCAGGGAGACCAGGUCUACAUCCAGCUGAUUGCAAACACACAUGUUUGGGGAAAUAGUUAUUCAACUAUUUUUAGUGGCUAUCUUCUGUACCAAAUCUGAAAAAAGAUCGAUGUGAUCAUUUGAAUGGCUUGAACCUACUGACCUACUGCGCCAAUGCCAGGGUUAGUGUUCUUCAAAUUAUAAUUAAAUUGAGUGAAAAUGAACCAUCCAACAGAAAUUGCUUUCACAUAUCAUGACUGUCACUCUGGAACAUCAGUGAAGGUCUUACUUUGAAGAAAAGAGCAUUGCUAACAAAAAAUAUCAGAGGUAUAAAUGGCAAAAAAUAUAUAUAGAUACAUGCAACAAGCCAUUCAGAAAAACAUAAAAAGGUUUGAAUUUAUGUAAUUCUCAAGAUUUUUUCAGAAUUUAUUUUUGAUUUUUAUAAAAUCUGAGGGGACAUUAUAGUGUUAUGGUUUUUUUGAUGUGUGUAUAAAUGGAUUUAAGUCUGUUGAUGAAGCUUGAAUUGAUGUGAACAGAUAUUACAGUCAGUCAAUAAAUAAAAAUACACAUUCCA